CGGCUUAGUCACCAGGCACAUUUAUCAAGGUGCCUUGCACUCAUUUCUUUUUCUUCAUUAAAAAGUCAGGUACAAAACGAUCCCAUAAAGUUGAAAAAUCCUCAUUUCGCAUACCAAUUGUUCUGUUUUGGGGGGCGUUCAAUACCUCGCGAACGUGUUAUGUUUUUUUCCGGACAUAUACAGCAUAAACAGAAGUAAAUAUCUAUUAAUGAUUUGAGAAGCAGUGUUUGUGUUGGGGUUGAAAGUAGUGGAAGAGUGUGCGCCAAGGAGUGUAGACGCGGUUAUGUCGUUGCAACACCGCCCCUAAUUUUCUCGUGAGAUAUUUAUUAGUUAAGAGGUACGGACACCUAGAUUCAGUGGAAUAGAGUGAGUAAAAUUGGAACAUGGACGUCAGACUGCUACUGCUAGCCCUGGGGAUCAUUGGGGCGAUGGUUGCUACUGUCGCGACGAGAUUCGGCUUUCCUGGGUUUAACAAGAUUGCCCAGAUCUUCCUUGCAUUGGUGCUACUUCCGGUGCUAUGCAGAUUCCACCGAAAGCUGUACAUCAUCUUUAAGAUGCUACCUCGGGAUGUGAUAUUUCUGUAUCGCGUCAUAAAUGCUGAACUCGAGAUGAGCUUUCAACGUCGAAAUAAUAUGACCGUUGCGAAGACUUUCAAGAAAAGAGUGGAUCGUUACCCCACAAAGCCAUGUUUCAUCUUCGAGGAUCGUGUUUGGACCAAUUCUGACGUCAAUAAAUAUAGCAAUCAAGUUGCUUCAGUAUUUCAAAAAGCAGGAUAUAAGAAAGGGGAUGCCGUGGCUUUGAUGAUGUCAAACCGGCCGGAGUACGUCGCGAUUUGGCUCGGUUUGGCGAAGUUGGGCGUCGUAACGGCUUUAAUCAAUACGAACUUGAGACUUCAGUCCUUGAUACAUUGCCUUCGUAUCGCUGAAGUGAAGAGUAUCAUUUGUAUGGAAGAUUACUCAUCCGCCAUCGAGGACAUAAAGGAUUCGAUUCCUGGUGUACAGAUGUACAAAAUGUACAGUAAUGCCGAGAAACAAGAAGAUGGCAUAUACAGUUUGAACAAACUUCUGUCGGAAGCCAGCACGGAAGAGCCGGUGGUUGAAGAAGAAAUUGGAUACAGAGACAAGUUGAUGUACAUUUAUACAAGUGGUACUACUGGUUUGCCUAAAGUGGCAAUAGUACUCAAUUCGAGAUUCUUGCUGGUCGUAAUGCCGUUUAACUUGCUAGGGUUGAGAUCAAAGGAUAUCUUGUAUAAUCCGAAUCCACUGUAUCAUACCGCUGGUGGAGUGUUAGGAGUAGGUUUCGCGAUUUUGGAAGGUAUACCAGUAGUCUUAAGGAGCAAAUUUUCAGUGACGGCUUACUGGACAGAUUGCAUCAAAUAUAAUUGUACCGCUGCACAGUAUGUUGGUGAAAUGUGCCGUUAUUUAUUAAACGCGCCGCCUCGAGUGGAAGAUAACGCGCAUCGUUUGAGACUCAUGUUUGGAAAUGGCAUGAGGCCGCAAAUUUGGAGUGAAUUUGUUAAACGCUUUAACAUCAAUCGGGUUACCGAAUUCUACGGAUCUAGCGAAGGGAACGCAAAUAUUGUAAACUUGGAUGGUCGAACUGGCGCUGUUGGCUUUGUACCGCUGAUUGUGCCCAGAAAAUUCCAUCCUGUGGCAAUUAUUCGCGUAAACAGUGAAACCUAUGAACCGAUUAGAGGUCCUAAUGGUUUAUGCAUAAGAGCUGAUAUAAAUGAACCAGGAAUGUUUAUAGGAUUAAUAAAAGAAGGAAAUGCAUCAAUGGAAUUCAGUGGGUAUUUAGACAAAGAAGCAUCGAAAAAAAAAAUAUUAGAGAACGUGUUUGUUAAAGGUGAUAAAGCUUUCUUGUCAGGUGAUAUAUUAAUGCAAGACGAAUAUGGUUACAUUUACUUUAAAGAUAGAGUAGGAGACACAUUUAGGUGGAAGGGUGAAAAUGUUGCUAGUGCAGAAGUAGAGGGUGUAAUUAGUAAUAUUGCAGGACAGCGAGACGCUACGGUCUAUGGAGUUCAGGUACCUGGAAUGGAAGGAAGAGCAGGCAUGGCAGCAAUAGUUGAUCCAGAUAGUUUACUGGAUUUCAAAGCCCUUGCAGAAGGUUUAGAAAAAGCUCUGCCAUCUUAUGCAAGACCAAUUUUCUUAAGAAUUGUGAAAGAACUUGAAAUGACGGGAUCUUUCAAGUUAAAAAAAGUGCAUCUUCAAAAGGAAGGCUUCGAUCCUAGCAAAGUGCAAGAUAAAAUGUAUUUCCUUUCUGGAAAUAAGGAAUAUGUUGAAAUUACACCUGAACUUUAUCAAGAAAUUAUAUCUGGCUCAAGGAAGUUCUAGUCGUUGCGUUAAUGCUUCUCAAACAACUUAUAAGCGUUGAAAAUAUUUUUAAAAAUUAGACGUAUAAUUUUUUUUACAAUGUUUCUAUUAUUCUUAUAAUGUAAUUAUUAUCAAUGGAAUUAAUAACAUAAGAUUAUUAGCAAAGUUUGACUAAUUGAACUAGCUAAAAUAGUAAAAAAAUAUUAUUAAUUAAUUGUUUUAGAAUUAUUGAAUUAAAGAUAUUAUCCUUAUCAUUUUGAACGAUAAAAUAUUAGAUAGGUGUAUAUAUUAUAAGUCUACUCUAGAGAAACAAAUAUUUAAAAAACUGAUUUCACUUUUGAAUACAAAAAGUUUAACGUUUAUUAUAGUUAAUAAAUUUAUGUAAAUAUUUACAUACUUUUUGCCAUUUACUUCUCUAUGCACUUAUUUAUAACUGCUCACUCAUAAUUAAAACAUAAAAGAUAAACUUGUAUAAUCGAAUACAGAAGACUUUAAAUGAAUGUGAUCCCCUUUUAAACAAUUUUGGUUCAAUCUAUAGUAACACAUAUUCUUAUUGAAUCUUUUAAAAUAUUUGAAAUCUUUUGUAAUUAGGAAAAAAACCCACGAUCUGAAAUAGUUUUGUAAUAAAUAGAAAAAGUCUUAUUGAACUAAAAUAUUUUUCGAAUACAUGGACAGAUUUGCGUAAAACUAUUUUUUGUUACUGUAUCGACUUAUAAUGUACUUUAAAUGUUGUUGUAAAUACAUGCUAUUGUACAAUUAAUAAUAAAGGAAAACCUUGAAUACUA